AUGCGGCAGUUUUUUCGCAACAAUCACCCGUGGCCCUCUCGGCGGCUCCACAAUCUUGUGUUGCGGCUGUGCGGCGGGGCCGCCCUUGGCGGCGACGCAGAAGAGCGUCACGUGCAGCUGGCCGGCGUUGCGCACGACGGGGAACACCUUCGCCGGGAUGCUACGCGCCGUGAGACUGAGGUCGCGGUAGAGCGGGAGAUCCAUCGGGAUGCGUGCGUGUUCCGCGUUACAGGGGCGGCGAAAGUGCGCCAUCUGCACCGCCACACUGCCAACGUAGAACAUUGUGAGGGCGUUGUACGCAUGAAUGUAGAGCGUCGCAUCCGCUAA